AUGAUUCUUCUUGCUGUGCUUUUUCUCUGCUUCAUUUCCUCAUAUUCAGCUUCUGUUAAAGGUCACACAACUGGUCUCUCAUUAAAUAAUGACCGACUAUACAAACUCACAUACUCCACUGAAGUUUUUCUCGAUCGGGGCAAAGGAAACCUCCAAGACAGUGUGGGCUACCGAAUUUCAUCCAAUGUGGAUGUCAUCUUACUGUGGAGGAGUCCUGAUGGUGAUGAUAACCAACUGAUCCAAAUUACAAUGAAAGAUGUAAAUGUUGAAAAUGUGAAUCAACAGAGAGGAGAGAAGAGCAUUUUCAAAGGAAAAAAGUCAUCUCAAAUCAUAAGAAAGGAAAACUUGGAAGCAAUGCAAAGACCUGUGCUCCUUCAUCUAAUUCAUGGAAAGAUCAAAGAGUUCUACUCAUAUCAAAAUGAACCAGCAGCUAUAGAAAAUCUCAAGAGAGGCCUGGCUAGCCUAUUUCAGAUGCAGUUAAGCUCUGGAACUACCAAUGAGGCAGACAUCUCUGGAGAUUGUAAAGUGACCUACCAAGCUCACCAAGACAAAGUGACCAAAAUUAAGGCUUUGGAUUCAUGCAAAAUAGAGAGGGCUGGAUUUACAACCCCACAUCAGGUCUUGGGUGUCACUUCGAAAGCCACAUCUGUCACUACCUAUAAAAUAGAAGACAGCUUUGUUGUAGCUGUGCUCUCAGAAGAGAUACAUGCUUUGAGGCUGAAUUUUCUACAAUCAAUAGCAGGCAAAAUAGUAUCAAGGCAGAAACUGGAGCUGAAAACCACGGAAGCAAGCCUGGGACUGAAGCCGGGAAAGCAGGUUUCAGCCAUCAUUAAAGCAGUUGAUUCGAAGUACACGGCCAUUCCCAUUGUGGGCCAGGUCUUCCAGAGCAAGUGCAAAGGAUGCCCUUCUCUCUCAGAGCAUUGGCAGUCCAUCAGAAAACACCUGCAGCCUGACAACCUCUCCAAGGCUGAGGCUGUCAGAAGCUUCCUGGCCUUCAUCAAGCACCUCAGGAGGGCAAAGAAAGAAGAGAUCCUCCAAAUUCUAAAGGCAGAAAACAAGGAAGUACUACCCCAGCUAGUGGAUGCUGUCACCUCUGCUCAAACACCAGACUCAUUAGAUGCCAUUUUGGACUUUCUGGAUUUCAAAAGCACCGAGAGCGUUAUCCUCCAGGAAAGGUUUCUCUAUGCCUGUGCAUUUGCCUCACAUCCCGAUGAAGAACUCCUGCGAGCCCUCAUUAGUAAGUUCAAAGGUUCUUUUGGAAGUAAUGACAUCAGAGAAUCUGUUAUGAUCAUCAUCGGGGCCCUUGUCAGGAAGCUGUGUCAGAAUGAAGGCUGCAAACUGAAAGGAGUGGUAGAAGCCAAGAAGUUAAUCUUGGCAGGACUUGAAAAAGCAGGGAAAAAAGAGGACAUCAUGAUGUACCUGCUGGCUCUGAAAAAUGCCCGGCUUCCAGAAGGCAUCCCGCUCCUUCUAAAGUACACAGAGACGGGAGAAGGGCCCAUCAGCCACCUUGCCGCCACCGCACUCCAGAGAUACGAUGUCCCUUUCAUAACUGAUGAGGUAAAGAAGACUAUGAACAGGAUAUACCACCAGAAUCGUAAAAUACAUGAAAAAACUGUGCGUACUACUGCAGCAGCCAUCAUUUUAAAAAACAAUCCAUCCUACAUGGAAGUAAAAAACAUCCUGCUCUCUAUUGGGGAACUUCCCAAAGAAAUGAAUAAAUACAUGCUCUCCAUUGUCCAAGACAUCCUACGUUUUGAAAUGCCUGCAAGCAAAAUUGUCCGUCAAGUUCUGAAGGAAAUGUUUGCUCAUAAUUAUGAUCGUUUCUCCAAGAGUGGGUCCUCCUCUGCAUAUACUGGCUAUGUAGAACGGACUUCCCAUUCGGCAUCUACUUACAGCCUUGACAUUCUUUACUCUGGUUCUGGCAUUCUAAGGAGAAGUAACCUGAACAUCUUUCAGUAUAUUGAGAAAACUCCUCUUCAUGGUAUCCAGGUGGUCAUUGAAGCCCAAGGACUGGAGGCAUUAAUUGCAGCCACUCCUGAUGAGGGGGAAGAGAACCUUGACUCCUACGCUGGCUUGUCAGCUCUCCUCUUUGAUGUUCAGCUCAGACCUGUCACUUUUUUCAACGGAUACAGUGAUUUGAUGUCCAAAAUGCUGUCAGCCUCUAGUGACCCUAUGAGUGUGGUGAAAGGACUUCUUCUGCUAAUAGAUCAUUCCCAGGAGCUUCAGCUGCAGUCUGGACUUAAGGCCAAUAUGGAUGUUCAGGGUGGUCUAGCUAUUGAUAUUACAGGUGCCAUGGAGUUUAGUCUGUGGUAUCGUGAAUCUAAAACCCGAGUGAAAAACCGGGUAAGUGUGUUAAUAACUGGUGACAUCACGGUGGACUCCUCUUUUGUGAAAGCUGGCUUGGAAAUUGGUGCAGAAACAGAAGCAGGCUUGGAGUUUAUCUCCACGGUGCAGUUUUCUCAGUACCCAUUUUUAGUUUGUCUGCAGAUGGACAAGGAAGAUGUUCCAUACAGGCAAUUUGAGACAAAAUAUGAAAGGCUGUCCACAGGCAGAGGUUAUGUUUCUCGGAAGAGAAAAGAAAGCCUAAUAGGAGGAUGUGAAUUCCCGCUGCACCAAGAGAACUCUGACAUGUGCAAGGUGGUGUUUGCUCCUCAACCAGAGAGUAGUUCCAGUGGUUGGUUUUAA